CACAGCUCUAUAUGCUAGAGAGCACACAUUGUACAGCAGACGACCGAGUGCAUGACAGUGUGGGAACGCCACCACCAGAUCGUACAGACAGCUCCAAUACAUACCAGUGUCUUUCAACAACAAAGGACGGAGCGCUAGUCGAGACUUAGUCGAAUAUAUUACAACCACAAAACACAUUCAUUGUUAUAGACCUUUUAUCUGGUAUUUCCGAUAAAUAAGAGGAAAGAUAAUAUACACAAUGUAGUCGACCGAUCUGGAUACGUGCUGGAAUUUAUCAAAUAGUCGAUAUCGUUCUAAUUCCGUGUUGAGUGUUGUGUUUUAGUUGGUGAGUGGUACGUACCACUGUUUUGAAUACAUACCAUGGAUAUUAUUUCAUUCGUUGGGAUUGUUACCGUGCUGACAUUACAAUUUGCGUCGUUCUGUCAGGCCAAUAGAGACUAUUCCAGUGGAGAUGUGGAAUAUUUGAUGAAAUAUGGCUACAUUUCCAAGGAAAGUAAACAUAGCGGAUCGUUACGAUCGCAAGAAGUCGUAAGCAAGGGUAUAGCUCAGUUCCAACGAAUGGCCGGUCUACCAGUCACCGGUGUGGUAGAUUCAGAAACCAUACGAAUGAUGAAGUUACCUCGAUGUGGAAACUCAGACGACAUGGGCUAUUCAGACCAAGCAAGAAAGAAGCGAUACGCCUUGCAUGGUAGCAAGUGGUCUAAAUAUGAUAUAACGUAUACGAUAUCAGAAUACAGCAAGAAGAUCUCUAAAACGGACGUAGACUCGGAGAUCAGGAGAGCAUUUGAUGCAUGGGAAGGCGUGACUCCUUUAACAUUUACUUGGAAAAAGUCGGGAACUGUCGAUAUUGACAUAAAAUUUGCCCGGUCAUGGCACGGAGACAAUAACCCAUUCGACGGGAAAGGACAAACGCUAGCACAUGCGUUUUUCCCUCAAUAUGGCGGGGACGCUCAUUUUGAUGAAGAUGAACCUUGGACUAUCAAUGUUUCUGACGGAGUGAAUUUUUUCCAAGUUGCCGUCCAUGAAAUUGGCCAUUCCUUGGGCCUUGCACACUCUGAUGUGUAUUCGGCUCUCAUGGCCCCGUUUUAUAAAGGAUACCAGAAAGAUUUCCGUCUCGGGACCGAUGAUGUCGAGGCUGCUCAGGCUUUGUAUGGUACUCCAAAUAGCCGACCCAACCCUACACAGCAAACCUUUAGACCACCUCCGACACGUCGGCCAUUUACACCUGUGCCUACCACUCGUCCUAAGCCCCGUGUUACCACUCGACCACCUGUGUUUAACAUUCCCGAGAUCUGCAGAAAUCCUACAAUAGACGCUAUCACACGCACAAAGGACGGGUCAACUUACGUUUUUAAAGGAAUAUAUCACUACCGGCUGACCAAGCUCGGAAUAGAAACAGGAUACCCCCGCAAAAUCUCAACCGACUGGAAAGGCGUCACCGGUCCUGUCGAUGCAGCUUUAACAUGGGAAAAUGGAUACACAUAUGUUUUCAAGGGGAAAUACUACUGGAAAUUCGAGAAUAGAAGACUCAUCUAUGGACCUAAGAGAAUAGUGUUUGGGUUCAGAGGUGUUCCGAUUAAUCUUGAUGCGGCGAUGGUUUGGGGCGGUAAUGGCAAGACAUAUUUUUUCAAAGGAGAUCAGUAUUGGAGAUAUUCUGGACGAAAGAUUGAUUAUGGAUACCCUCGUGCUAUUGUAAAAUGGAGAGGUCUUCCGAGUACAAUACAGGGAGCGUUUAAAUGGGAAAAUGGCAAAACCUAUUUCUUCACCGGCAAAAAUUACUACAGAUACAACGACCAAUUGUUUUCGGUCGACGCCACAUAUCCACGACCAAUCGCCACCUGGUGGUUAGGGUGUCCACAGCAGGGGAAGAUAACUGAUGUUAAGAACCCGUAUAGUCAAGAUCAAAGUGUUCAUACUGAAAAGAACAACAAAGAUCAACAGUGGAUAACAAUAGAGGAUGAUGAUGACAGUCAUGACCAAAAACGUGAUGGUAAAAUAUUAGAUCAUAACAGUGCUACUCUAGUAAAUUUGAAUCCAAUAAGUAUAUUAACAGCCGUACUAGUGACAGUAUUAAGCGUGGUUUUAUGAAAUUAAUUUCGAAAUCGACAAAUAUUUUACGUUUUACCUCGUCUUGACAAUCACAAAGACCUCUGCAAGAUAAGUCCUGACCAGGUCUCCUCCAAGACCGGGCGUGCUCCACGUGCACGAUCAUUCCCAGGCUGGCGGGCCGUACAAAGCCUAGUACCGAUCCGCAGAAGAAGGAUAUCAGCUAAGAAAUUAAAGGAAAAUGGGAAUAGAUUCUAUCAAAUAGAGGUCUUAGCUGACAGUACGUCCUCCAUUGGGAUUGGUUUGUAUACUGGCAUAUGUAAAUGCAACCUCUGAAUGAGUAAAAGGUGAUGUCUCUUACAAGUCUACGGAUUUGUCAAAGAGGGGAUGCAGGUCGUCUCAACCGAAGGUGGUUUUGUUACAAUAUCGACAGGGUUUCAUUACGGUAGAAAGUAGAACAAGUGUGAGGAUUUGAGACAAUGUGCCAUACAUACUUUCCACUGUCAUACUAUAAAAAAAAACACUUUUCUGUCAGAAACCUUAUAAACUCUCUUCUACAAAAUAUUUAGAUAAAGACCAAAUCGAUGAAAGGAUGUGAUUUAUCGUAAGUAAUUGAAUACUAUCAUUUACAAUAACACAUUACGGAUAGGUUAAUGCAUGACCUAUUUGUUAUGGUAUACAUAUUGUUGUUUAAACGUAUCUCCUCUAUAGUAACCAAAAGCUAGAUUUGCUGAUAUCAGAACAAGAGGAAGAAAGAAAGAAACCCCAGGUUACAGUUGUGUAUUCGUGAGUUGUCCUGUCUGGUAUGUCUUACAUGUACUAAAUUAUUAAACGUCCUCAUUGAAAACCUUUGAUUGGGUCGGUUUCACGACCUUUGUAUACGAAAAUGACUGUAAGUGCUUUCCAUCGAUAAAAUAUCUGUCAAAAACGCUUAAAUGCUACAGUUAAAAAAUGGAUUCCAGUAUAAAACCAAUGAUUUUUUUUCUUUGUAUCCUACUAGUGUAUUUGUAGAUUUGUAGAUUUUCAAUAUAAAUCAUACCACAGAUAUGGUAAUGAUGGUACAACGACGAUACAAAAGUAAUGGUUGAAUGAAUGUGUGUGACACUUGAUAUACUUCAAUUUGAUCGAUUGGUAUGUAUCUGCUUAUCAUUUUUUUUUUUUUUUUUUUUUUUUUUUNAUGAAGCAAGUUAGAUUUUAGUAACAAAGUGUUAAAUCGUUUAGGUUAAACUUUUUUUUCAAGUAUUUCAAUAAUAUAUAUAUAUAUAUAUAUGUGUGUCCAUGUCAAUAUAGAAAAGAUAAGAUUUAACGACCGACUAAAAAACUAGUCCGUCGUUAGAUUUUUUUUUAUAUCUAUAACAAGACAAUAUGGCACAAAAUAAGAAAUAGAAACUAGUGUCUUAGACACUUACAUAAAUCUAUCACCUUAUCUUCAUCGUUUUUGCGUAUAACAAAAUAUCCUUAUUGGGUAUACAUCUCACACAGCUGAAAUUUCUCUGUUAUAAUUCUAUAUGUUGAUUUAGAAAAUGUAACAAGGACAACUGAGUACUCAAGGUAUUGGAGCUUCGUUCCAAGGGUAGAGCUGUAGAACUAAAACAAUACAUUAAGAGACCCAUUUAUAUCAAAGCUAACACGGGUCAACAGUAUAACGUUUCAUAAAUUGUUGUAAAAUAAAAAGAGAAAGCUUUAGAAGGUCUAUAUCAAGUCCUUUGUUAAUUAGAUGUGAUGGUUGUUAUAUUAUGUACAUCUGAUAGAUUGUACCAAUAUUUGCAGAAUUCCCUGAAAAGUAAAGGGAUAAAAGAUGCAUUCCCAGUAUCAAUGUAUCCACGAAUAUGUCCCACACUUAAUUUCAACUUCAUCUCCCUCUGACGUUAUAUCAUGUCGUGGUGAUCUUCCUCAGACGUUAUAUCAUGUCGUGGUGAUCUGCAACAGACGUUAUAUCAUGUCGUGGUGAUCUGCAACAGACGUUAUUUCUCGUAUAUUAAAUAUUUCCUUUCGAUAUUGUUAGCAUAUGAUGGCUUUGAAAUGUUAUGCCUUAGAGACAAAUGUUGCUGACACCUGUUUGGUCAUACAUUCAUGUUAUUAUGAGUGAGCUGAACAAUAUAAGGUGUAUAUUUAUAACGUCAGGGUACAGGAACUCGUAGGAAAGGAAUAUUAAUGACUUGGUCUCACACACCUAAGUUAUUAUACAUUACACAUUUAAAAAAAACUUAAUUGCACAUAUAAACCAAGGGUGUGAGAAUGAAUUAGAAGAUAGAAAUUAUAUUCAGAAAAAGAGAAAAUGGGGAAAAAGGAGCGAAAGAAGGAAAAAAGAGGGUGAAUUUUAUCUAAGAAAAGAGAGAGUGGUAUUGCUAAGCACUACACACACUAAAUAGAUCGUGAACUAUCAGACCAUUAUAUGCUUACGCUGAACGUUAAAACUAAUAUAAUAAUAUAUAUACAUUAAAGUAAAAUCUGCUGCACUUCCAACAUUGUUUGGUAAUAUUACCAUAUAAUUUAAUCUUGCUUGUAACAGGCAUUUCCAUUGGCUUAAAAAUUUAUGUUAUCAUCCCAUAACGUAAAA